UCGCGUGUGUGCGCUGAGUAUUGAAGCGAAAAAAGAGUUCGUUUCCCGUAAAGUAAAGUUUCCGUGGUAAAACAGACAUUCUCGUGUAUUCCAGCAUCAUUUCCGAGUAUUCCUUUGCGGGGGAAUUUGGAUAAAUGAAUUUUACUGCUGAUUUCCAUAUUACUUCAUGUUGAGUUUGUAAAACUGCGAAGGUGUUUGUGCUGUGAUUACGAAGAGUUGUGUGUUUGUGAAGUAAUUGGCUGCAAAAAAACUAGACAAAUUCGGGAAACGAACCUAAGUAAAUGUGAAAUCUUGUUCGAAUGACAACAAGAGUGUGUCUUUUUCAAGAAUUGCAUUCCAACCAGAAUCUAAGGGAAAAACCCCCUAAAUCGGGCGGAUUCUUUGUUUCCAGUGAAGUAACGCGAGCUGCCAUCUUUGUGUGUGUGCGUGGCUAUUUUUGCACUGCCACAUCUUCCAAUAAGUUAUUGCGGGUAUUGAUAAUUUAGCUGCCUCAAAUUUUACAACCCAAAGUGACCAGAAGCAUACCCAGUUUACUGCUUAUUGAUUAACAGCAUCAGAAGAAAUUAUCAAUCCAACUCCAUCUAUGCCGUCUAUUGUUUGCACUGAAUCAUUCGCGUUUAUCUAUAUGCUACUACAAGACGUCGCAAACAUUUAUGGUUCAUAUACCGUUAAGUGUAAUCAAUAUACAGCUCUAUCAAUAACAACAAUACGUUCAGAAAUAGAGCACAUAGACUAGCACAGCGUAUAGACUAUGGACGGCUUUGAAGAAGUCAUCAACAAUCUCAAACUUUAAAAAACUGAGGUAUUCCAAACUUUCAAAAUGGCUUUUAACUAGUGUGAGAGAAACAAAAAAGCCUAUUACCGAUCAGUCAGUUUGUGUGCCACAAUCUGAUGUAUGAAAUGAGUGUCUAUGGGGGCCAUAGUCGUUAUCAAGGCUCGAUUUUUAUUAUGUUUGUAGUAUCUUGGUAAAUUAGUGGUAGUACUAGCGAGAGAGUGCUAUGUUUGAUAUUUUUAAUUGAUGCGUCCCAACAUUUUGGAGCUAAUGUCGAUUCAGCACAUUUUUGACCCUCGUUAGCGGAGAUUGUAUCGGUAAAGAAUAAGAUCAUCACAUAAUUUGCCAGUGUUUUCCUUUGUAAAUUUAUAAAUAUUUCAACUGUUCUAUUUAGUGUUCUACACAGUGUGUGUCGAAAAGUGUGUGCUACGUAUGUUGAAUUUUGUGGAAAUUCCUUGUGUUAUAGCUAUGGUUGGGUCAUGCAUUGGUCAGAAGCAGAUUAAGUGUUCGUUCCCAGUUGAUGUGGGAUUCGCGACGUAUUUGGGAUCGUCUAAGCUAGGUUUCACAAGAGCUUUGCGCGUAAGCAGCAACAAGUUUUAAAGCAGCAAAUCGGUGCAUAUCAGUGAGCAAAGACGUGUAGUGUCUGUGCAUGUCAAGAGAUUCCACGGAUACAACAACCUAUUCCUUCCAGCGAGCGAUGCGAGUGCGUAAAGCUCGUGAGUGAGUGCAAAAUUGAUAAAGUGCUAACGUCGGUUUCCGUGUAGUGGGGUUCCGAACGACAUCGUAAAGCAUCGCAGAAGAAGUGAUUUAAAGACAAAGAAACGCCGUAGAAAAUGCGUGAAUUCAAGGUUGUUGUUCUCGGAUCCGGGGGAGUGGGCAAAUCUGCCUUGACCGUGCAAUUUGUGUCUGGGUGUUUUAUAGAAAAAUAUGAUCCAACAAUAGAGGAUUUCUAUCGAAAAGAAAUUGAGGUGGAUAACUCUCCAUGUGUGCUAGAAAUUUUGGACACAGCCGGUACCGAACAGUUCGCAUCAAUGCGAGAUUUGUAUAUAAAAAAUGGGCAUGGCUUUAUCGUUAUGUAUUCCCUAACAAACCAUCAGACAUUUCAGGAUAUCGCCAGUAUGCGAAAUGUGAUCAGUCGUGUGAAAGGUAGUCAGCCAGCACCAAUACUCCUAGUCGCAAAUAAGCUAGAUUUAGAUUGCCAAAGAGAAGUUUCCACGGCCGAAGGUAGUGCCCUGGCAGAGCAAUGGGAUUGUCCGUUCAUCGAAGCAUCAGCAAAGGACCGCAUCAAUGUGAAUGAAGUGUUCGCCACCGUCGUACGAGAAAUGAAUAUGACCUCCGAGAAACGCCAGAAGAAAAGUUACUGUUGUUGUACGUUAUUAUAGAACUGGUAUAGGUGUCAUUUUAAUAUUACUAAUCAUAAAUAAAUAAAUAAUAAACACACAUACACACACACACACACACACACAACACAUUGUGGAAAGAUGCUGCGAAAGUUCUCUUAAUACGCGAAUGCGAUUUGUGGUUGAUAGCCUAAAAGGAACUACCUUGCAAUUUUAUUUCGCGCACAACGGUAGUGGUAGAAAUCCGUCAUCAAUAGAAGUGGUUCAUAAAACUUGUGUAGAACGAUUUUUGGAUGAUUUUCUUAGAUGGUUGCAGUUGAAAGUGUUUGCGCUGGCUACAUCCACUAUUAAACAAACCGACUGAAGCGAUGUACUCAAAUGGGUAUAUAGGAUCGAAUAUACACGCUAAAUCAACUCAAACGAGAAAAUGCAAGAAAAUAAGUGUAAUAUAUCCAAGAGGGGAAAAAGGAGGAACAGAGGAUGGAUUAUUCCAUUCAGGAUGACCAAUUCUAGCAUCUCAAAAGUGGUAUAACGGUUGGCCAGGAAAUAAGAAUGAAAAGAGCACCAAUAUUAGGCAUAAUAUCGUUAGCAAGACAAGAAAAACGUAUAUGCACGUACAUGGCAAAAGAUGUUCAGGGAUUGGAGAUCAUCAGUCAUGGAGAACAUUCGAUGGCAUGGAUUAAAAGAUGGAAAAUAUGACGAAUAGUAACUAAUAGUAAGGUGUGCGUGUGUGUGCCUGUGUGAGAAGAGAGAGAGAGAGAGAGAGAGAGAGAGAGAGAGAGAUAGCGAGACAGAGAGAAUGUGUAAGCGUGCAUGAUAUGAUGAUAGAACGGAUAGAACAUGGAUAGAACAGGAGAUUAGCUAAACAGACUUCUGAUCUGCACGAUCAUGAACAUAGAAGACCCCAAAAAGAUAUCGAUUUUCCUGUCAAUCUACUCUUAUCACAUUCGGUACUGCAAGGGUAAGAUGCGUUAACGAAGAAUUUCCCGUGGCGCGAAUCGUGUGUGUGUGUGUGUGUGUGUGUGUCAGCGUGCAUGUUGAACGAAAUGAUUUUAUUUGCGGAUAUAAGACUAAAAUCCAUUCAUAUAGGGCAAAAUGAAUUGUUUUCAACCUUUGUAAAUCACCGUAGUUGCUCAUGGUACAUGGUUGCGCAGAGUCAUUGGUAUAAGGACACCGAACUAUAUUUCAAACUAUUGCUGUUUAACUCCAGGCUCAAACUCUUCAAAAUAUCUACAUUUUUAGGCUCCCUAGCUUUGCAGUACAGUUUUCAUCCUGUCAAUGUCAAGUAAGCUGUCGUAAGAAUUGCUGUUGUGGUCAAUUUCCAAUUAUGGUGUCAAUUUCCGUAGAGCGAUGAAGAUCGCCACAUUGACGCCUGCGGUCACGACGGUCCGGCAAGGCGGCUAAGGCGAGCAUGAACAUCAAAUGAAGAUUAUAGACACAUCGCCUCAGGCGAUCGUUGCGCCCUAUGUGAAUCGACAUCUAUUUCUUUUAUUUGUUUUUGUUUUAUGUAAAAACUAUAUAUAGCAUGUAUGUGCCAUUUCUUGAUGAUGGCCCCGUACUUCCCCUUUACAGACUGCGAUAACAGUCUUCCCAUUCGUUGAACGUCAUAGAGGCCUUCGACGUUUGUAUCAAGUAUCACUUAGCUAAUUUGAUCGAUUGUCUCAUAUGGGUAGCAGUUCACGUUCAUAAUGCAGGCUAAUGUGAUAACAGGAACAAAUGAAUACUGGCUUCUCUUUGUGGAAACUAACCAUACAUCUGGUAACAGUUAUCUGCUACUUACAAUAGGAUCAAGAGCAAAUUGAUAUGAACUUCAAUUCAUUUCAAAGAACUUCAUCUUCAAAUCGUUAUAUUUUCAUAAAAUAGAAUGAAAGCGGCAAAACUUUCAAAACGUUUCUCGCCUAUUCAGUUGCUCGCGUUAUAUACUUGUUUAACCAUGAAAAAUUAAAAUGGAAAUCAUCUUUUUAGUCUGUUGAACCCUGCGUUUUUGUGCCAGUGAGCUGGUGGAUGAGGAAGAAAUGAUGGGAUUAUCUUAUUAAGGACCUCAAAAGCGAUACACACACACAGACACACACACAAUUGACCGUACAUACAUAUGAUUAGACAUUAGAGAACAAAAAGGUCCCACGUAAUGGAACGCUAUAUUCGAUCCUGUAAAGAAUAACAAAUGGAACGAGCUAGGAUUGAGGCAAAGAAAAGCUUCGCAGGAUCGCAAGCAGAACAGAAACACAAAAGCACUAUUUUUUAUCGUAACAGUUUUUGUAUACAAAGAAAUAGAAGAUGUAUGAGAAGAUGUGUAAUGUGUGAUCAAAGGAAAUAGUCAAAUGAUACGAAGGGGGUAAUCUAGAGUAAGUGAUGGUGAGUUACAGAGAUUAUGGUUGCCGGUGUUCGAAUGUGCGUUUUACAGUGUCCGCACAUACACUUUGACCGAAUAUCUGAAGGGAAACAGGGCAAGAUAGCAAUAGAAUUGAGAGGUGAAAAAGGGGUGUUUUAAGAAUAGGGCAAAUCUCAAGAAUACACGAAGAAUAGAACGGUAUGAGAAUGAUCGCCAAGUGUAAAGCUUUUGAACUUGAAUCAACUUCAGAACCCCGAAAUAAUUUAACCCAGACCGACAUCGCACGUCAAUAGUGCGUAUAUUUUGAGGCGAUUUCCUGCGGCAUCUGAGGACAAGUGAAAAGAAGCCACUCUAAGAGAGAAAGAUCCAAACCAAAUGCUCUUGAUUAUAUUGCUGUAUGCGCGUUGGAUUGGUAGUGCAAACAGCCAAGAUACCCAGCUGAGGUUUCGAUUACUGUAAAUCGAUGAUUUAAAUGGUGCGCUAAGAUUACAACAAAUAAAGUGUACGUAACAAUGAAAAAAAAAUUUGCUGCUGAAAAAUUUGUAGGCAAAU